AUGUCCAAAUUACUCAACUACAUCGGAGGGAUUACACUCAUCACUCCGUUAAUCUACAUGUUUCUCACCCAUGAAAUUUUGAGAAACAAUACUCUGAUCCAAAUGUCUAUCUUGUUGAGUAUCAUCGGAUAUGUUGUAACCUUGUUUAUGAUUCCUUCCGUCAAAGGCUUGUGUGAAGGAGCAGGCCUGUGGGGAAAGGACUUGAAUAAGGGAGAGGCUGGACAAAAGAUGAAAAUUCCAGAGUCAUUGGGUAUUGUUCCCGGUGUGGUAUAUAUUGUGUGUGUUUGUUUUCUUCAAGAAAUGUUCCAAGAUAAGACUAAACAUGAUUUAUACAUUGCCGGAUUAUUUUGUACUUGUUUCAUGUUAUUCUUGGGAUUUGCUGAUGAUGUAUUGGAAUUGAGAUGGCGUUACAAGUUGAUCCUUCCUACGCUAGCCUCUCUUCCAUUGCUCACAACAUAUUCCGGUUUGACAGCUGUGGUCAUUCCAAAACCACUCCGAGCCUUUGAAUUUUUCCAAAGCAUUGCUACAACAAUCGGAGACAAUGUUUGGAUGUUGGAACUAGGAAUCCUUUACAAGGUCUACAUGCUCUUGGUUUCAGUUUUUUGUACAAACACAAUUAAUAUUUUAGCUGGUAUUAAUGGAUUAGAAGUUGGACAAUCUGUGGUUAUUGGACUUUCUAUUUUGUUGCACAAUUUCAUAGAAUUUGAAGCUGGUAAUGAGCAACAUUUGUUCUCAAUUGUUUGUAUUAUUCCUUUCAUCGCUGUCAGUUUGGGAUUGCUGUAUUAUAAUUGGUAUCCAAGUGAAGUUUUUGUUGGGGAUACGUUCACAUAUUUUGCUGGAAUGACUCUUGCUGUCACAGGAAUUAUGGGUCACUUUAGUAAGACCUUGAUGCUAUUCCUCAUUCCUCAGUGGAUGAACUUUGUAAUAUCACUUCCACAAUUAUUCAAAAUUAUUCCAUGUCCAAGACAUCGUAUUCCAAAAUUCAAUCAACAAACUGGUCUUCUUGAGAGUAGUAAGAAUUGGACUCUGUUGAAUUUAAUUUUAGAAAUUACUGGACCUUUAAAAGAAAGUACAUUGACCUAUAUAAUGAUUGUCUUUCAAGUAUUGUGUUGUGCAUUAGGAUUCUAUAUUCGUUAUAUUUAUAGUACCUAUUAUUAUGAUUAA